AUGGUCGUUCUGAAUGAAAUUAUGCCUUUGACCAGUAUCGUAUCUCUUGUUUACAUUGGUUGGUUAUUCAAAGCAAUUUUGAGUUGUGAGACCAAGCCAGACAUACAUGCUGUUUUUGGUAGUAUAUAUUGGAAGAACAACGAUGAUGCUACCAAGACGAAUAGAAAUGUCAAGUACAGAGCUUUUUCUGUUUCUGGAGGUUAUAACGCAUCUGUGGAAAAUGUACCUUUUCCUGGUGAUUACUUGGAGCUCCUUAACCAAGCCAAACAAGCAGUUGAAUUGGCUUUGAAGGACGAGAAACAGUUAAUGGAAAUUGAGUUCCCAACAUCUGGUCUUGCAUCUGUGCCAGGCGACGGUGAAGGAGCCACAGAAAUGACGGAAAGUAUUAAUAUGAUACGUGAGUUUUGUGACCGCCUACUAGCUCCUGAAAAGGCUCGAAGCACAAGAAUUUUCUUCCCCGAGGCAAACGAAGUCAAAUUUGCUCAAAAAACCGUCUUUGGAGGAACUUACUUCAAGUUGGACUAUCUGACAAAACCCUCUCUUUUUGAGGACUUUGGUUUCUUUGAGAGAGUAAAAAUGGCAGAUCGAGUGAAGCCAGAUGACGAAUUGUUCGUUGUGGCAUACCCAUAUUUUAACGUCAACGAGAUGCUCGUAGUAGAAGAGCUUUACAAGGAAGCCGUUGUGAACACUGACCGAAAACUAAUCAUCUUCAAUGGAGAAAUUGACCGCAUACGAUCGGGCUACUAUCCAAAGUUCUUUUACCCAAAACUGGCUGCACUGACCGAGACACUUUUCCCAAAGAUGGAGACAGUUUACUACAUCCACAAUUUCAAGGGACAGAAAGGAGGUGUACUUUUCAGAUGCUAUCCAGGUCCAUGGCAAGUCCUGAGGAGAACAAGGAACAGUUACAUAUGUCUUCAUCAGCAAGAAGCCAUGCCUUCUCUCAAGGAAGUUGCACUAAACAUUCUUGCAUCCGCUUGA